CAUUGAGGAUCAUAGAGAGGACGUCAUAGAGGGAGCCUUCGCUUUUUUCAAUGCUGGAAAGAAUUGGCCGAUUGCGCGAUCGAGUCUUUGACGCUGCCUUCCACUAAACUCUGACCUGAUGGGAAUACUAUUAUUAUUUAAAUCCUGGUUGUGAAACAGCAGGUAUGCCUCUUGAAGUGCUGAGAGGAUCCCCCAGGGUUUUAAAACAUUCAUUACCAAGCAACCUGCAAAAAGUCGAUUUCGAGCAUUUGCAGCUGGGGCGUGACUUUGCCAACACAUAUUUUCAGGGAACUGUCGUCUUUUCAUACCGAUUAACUAAACUUGGAAAUGGGACACCUUUCUUCAAAAUCGUACUUCAAGGAUCAGAAAACUCAUCUUCCGAAGCACAUACCAUCAAUAUUUUUGUGUUUGGGAAGCUGGCGGAGGAAUGUGCCAAAGCUAUACAUCAAGGGAACAUCCUUGUGGUCACUGGAUUCAACUUGGUGAAGUCCAACAAUAAAAAUGACAAGCACGGCUGGCACCUAGAACUAUCUGAUGAAGUUGAUUCAAAGAUUUAUGUUUUUACUAGAUCACCACACACAACAACUGUUUCAGAGACAGUAGCCAUGCCUGUUGCUCCCAAAUAUACAUAUACACCCCUGAAUCAACUUAAAAGUGGUACUGUUGUCAAUUUGUAUGGUGUUGUGAAAUUCUUCAAGCCUCCAUAUGUAUCCAAAGGAACUGAUUAUUGUUCUGUGGUAACUGUUGUGGACCAAUCCAGUGCCAAAUUUAUAUGCACACUUUUUAAUACAAACAGAGAUGCUCUUCCACGAAUCUACAGAAAUGGUGACAUUGUUCGAUUCCACAGGAUAAAGGUCAGAGAGUUCGGGGGCGAGAUACAAGGAAUCGGUGGCAAAGGAUUUGCAGCACUUACCUUUGACGGCACUGUAGGGGCGCCGGUGGUUCCUCGAACAACUAGCAAAUUAUUCACUUUUACAGAUGAAGACAGGAGAAUAGUAGAAAACUUGCGCAUUUGGGUGGCAAGGAAUCCUUCUAACUCUAAGCCAGCAGCAAAAUUGUCUGACAUCCAGCCACCAAUGUUUUUUGAACUAACUUGCCAGCUGGUAGGAAAAGCAAAAGUGGAUGGAUCUUCCUAUCUUCUGAAGGUAUGGGAUGGAACAAAAUGUCCUUUCCCAUCCUGGAAGGUGCUUGUUAGGGACGAUGAUCUUGAAGGAGACAGAAUUCUGAUUAAUCAGCUAAAAAAUCUGACCGUGGACAUUGUCAUCUACGAUAAUCAUGUACAGUUGGCAAAAUCCCUAAAGGUUGGAAGCUUUAUUAGGAUGUACAGUCUGCAUGCGAAAAUGAAAAGCCCCGAAGGCAAGCCUGACAUUACAUAUAUUCAGUUUCAUCUCCAUGGGGGCACCAUGUAUGGCCGUGGGAUCACCAUUCUGCCAGAAACACAAACAGAUGCAAUGCAACUAAAGGCAUUUCUGGAUUCUGUCGAUUUGACAGCAAGUGAAUACUCAGAUGAAUCAUCUUCUCCAGAAUUUGAAAGUAUUUACACUGCAUUGGGAACCUGUUUGGAAAGAUGCCAACAAUUAUCUGUUACAGUGCUAACAGAUCACCAGCAUUUGGAUGUGACAGCAUUGAGUACUAUUUUGAACAGCAGGAUCCCCCAGCAGUUUCGUGUUAGAGCUAAACUGAGAAGAUAUGAACCAGUGAAGCUCCAUCAGUCUGUUAAACUUCACUGUCCCAAGUGCAAUUUAUUACAAGAGAUUCCUGGUGGUGCUGAGAUUGACUUAGUUCUACAAGAAGCUUCACUUUCACGUUCAAAUCCAGAUUUACAGAAUGCAUCCUUCUAUGAAUCUGCUGUGUGGGAAUCUGAAAAUGAGGAACAGCGACAUGUUACAGUUCAUUUUGUUAAACAUGAUGAUCUUCUUCAAGAAGCAGGAGACAGUUUGAUUCUCAUAGAAGGUGGGAUCCUAAAAGAAAUUUUGAAGCUCUCCAAAAAAUUUAAAGCCAUUAUACCUGUGAGGUCCACAGAGGACAGUCUUGUGUUACUAGAUCCUUCAGUUCCAUUUUUUUGGCAAAGGAAUAUGCAGUACUUUGGGUGUAAACACUGUUCAGAUCCAAAGCCAAUGUCAAGCCUGAGCUCCCUUGCUGCAGAAGAAGACCCAUCAUGGAAUUCUAUGGCAAUAGCCCAAGCUUUAGGAGUUGUACCCCUCCAAUAUGUCUUUGUGAUGAAGUUUGUGCUGGAUGAUGGAACUGGAACACUGGAUGUGUAUCUUAUGGACUGUGAUAAAUUCUUCCAAAUUCCAGCUUCUGAAGUCCUGAUCAAUAAUAUUUUUCAAGAGAACAUGGAGAGGAUGAUGAGUAAGCUCUGUCCUACAGGAAAAGAUCUAGAUGAAUUGCCAUGGCUGGAAUGCUUCAUCAAAUCUUACUUUGUGAGGGAUGAAACUCAAGAACAACUUUGCUAUCAGAUUUUUGACACUAUGAUUGCCGAAGAUGUCUGAACCACACAGAGAGAGCUACUUGGAACAUGCAGUAAUGCCUUUCAAAAUCUCAAGUACUUCAAGAUGCAUGUCGUUUUAUAAACGGUGGCCUUCUAUUAACUGUGUUCUAAUAUGUCUGCUGUAUCUUCUGCUGUUUUGCCUAUGAAAAAUCUAUGCACGUUCAUUGAAAGUUCUGGGAAUUUCUCCAGGAUUAGGUCACACACAGUUACUGGGGUACUUAUCAGAAAUCUCAGGUCACAGUCCCACUCAGUCUCAUCACUGUGUCUUUUAAAUAUAGCCCUCUUUAUUACUAAGGAAAUAAGGCCAACAUAGUGCCUUGGCCAGUGACCUAGAAGCACUGGGUUCCUAGUCCUGUGCUUGGUUUUGACCUGGUGCACAUGGAGAAUGCCAGUCAUAGAAGAAUGCAAGAAUGCAGCAGUAAGAAAGGGCCUCUUUAGCAAGCAUUCAGCCCUGGCCUUUCAAUCUUGCCUUGUGUAGUUGUAUAAAAUGAAUAUGCAAAUAGGCUUGGGUUCUUCAGUGAUACAAUUAAUUUAAUAUUUUAUGUUUUCAUAGUGAUGAUACUCUUAUCACAUCUGGGGGGGUAUUGAAUGUGGCUUUCUGUAAUCAGAAUAUUCCUGCUUGCACUUCUAAGAGCGUGCCCUGUGCAAAUCAGAUUUUGGACAAAGGCAAUGAGGGGAUGAUUACAUUGCAAAAAAUCCCAAUAGCUUUCAAAUGUGUCUUGACAGUACCUUUUACUGUUUCUGCUUACCAGGUCACAUUCCAGGCAGCUAAGUAUGUUCUUCAAAUACACUCCUAUUGAUCUGCUUUUCUCUUUUGUAUAAUCUGAUUUGGUUUGAGAAAUACGGACUUUUAGGCCAGUAAGUCGGCAUACUAAUUGGCUCCCAGAGGGAAACUAAUUACUCAGGCUUUGGUUUUGUUUACGUGCUGUCCAAUAGCAUUUUUAAAAAAUCAAGCACAACACAUAUUUUUGCAACACUUUAAAACAAAUGUUGAUUCAGUGAUAAAAUAUAUUCAUAUUGUUCCACGCUUACUGCAACUUCAACUGUAGUCCAACACAUGUCAAAAUAUUUGAUACUGUGCUCACAGUUUAAUUUAUCUCAAUGCCGAUCAUGUUGUUUAGGGGGUAUUAAUAUAUUAUUCUCUUGAUAUUGCUAGUGGACAUUUGUCUGUUUUUCUGUUCUACCUCAACUUUUAACAGAAAAUCCACAGUGCUUUGCCAGUGACUGUGGGAAGAAUCUCAUCAGAUUCUGUUAGCUUGCAAAGUGAAAAGCAUUGUUUCUCAAAUUCGGUAGCCAAGGUGCUUCUCAGGAAAUAUGACUCUUGCAAUAAAGUCUCAUGGCAGUGACUUAUCAGCAUUAUGAGAUCAGCAUAAAUCUUAAAAAUUACAACUUAACCAGUGGUGUCUUAAAAGGAACUGGUUUACAGUCCAGUCCUGAUGCAAACAUGUAAUCCCAUUGAUUUCAACAGGAUUAAUGCUUAGCUAGGAUUUGGAUUAGUCAAGGGCCACAGUCCCAAAUUCAUGCAAGCCUAGAUAGUCUUAUCACUCGUGAAAGAAUUACUAUGAACCUGAUUAAAGCUUUCACACAACAUUCUUGAAUAUUAAAGACUGUGUUGCAAAUCUCCACAACCAUAACAGCAAUUGUGUGUGCAAACAGGAUCAUUUGAGUAAAGUUUUAGUGCACAAAUUAUGUCUGUGGAAUCUAUAUUCUGUGUUUUGCAGCAUAUGCUUUAUAAUUUAAAUAGGAUUGAAGAUUGAUUGUAACUCUACGACAACAUGUGCACUGUAUUGUACUUACCUUUAUAUACUGGCAUUUGAUAUUAUAAAAUCUCAGAAAUCAAGAGGAAUUAUAUUAAUAAAACAAAUUUAAAAGCA